GUGAGGAAGCAGCCGCUGUCAAGACUCGUGGUUUACUGGCUGUGGUGGCGCUGCUGGAUCUGUGGCGCCGCGUCUUGGCCAGCACUCGACUCUCCUGCAUCGCCUACAGUUUUUGCAACACGGCCGGCCACCUAAGCCAGGCUGGAGGCGCGGCAAAGGUAGUAGGCAGCGUAGGCGUCAAAGCGGCAGCCUACUUUCUUGUUCGUGAGAGGAGCGUCAACCCAGAGUACCUGAUAUGGACGUCGCAGCGUGGGAGUGAAGACGUGGGUGUGUGCGAUCGUGUGUUCCCUCAGUGUAGCGGGGAAGCAGAAGAAUGAGGGCGUGGACAAUUUCCCUGGCGGUAGCGGUGAUGGUGUGCAGCUUGAUGUGUCUGGUGAAAGGCACCACUGCUGCUCCCCGCAUCUCCUCUCAGCAGCUGUGGGAUAUGGCUGUUGCUGGAGAGGACGAAGAUUACAAGGAAGGCAGGAAAUGGGGAGAUAAAGACGAGGAUGGUAACGACAAAGAGGAUACGAAUGAGGAAAACAAGAAGCGAGAAGAGAGAAAUGUUAACCAGCCACAAAAUGGGGUGUUAGCACGUGUAGGGCGCGAGGCGUGUCCCCAGCACCAGCAGGAUCCCUUAGGCCAGAUCCUGAACCUGGUGAGCCACAGCGUCCUCGUCACCUCGCUUGCCAUCACCCUCAUCAACAAUAUCAAUAAUAACAACAACAAUGACAACAACAACAAUAACAACGACAAUAACAACAACCUGAACAACAACGACCUGACAGUGAACGUGGUCAACAUGAACAUGAACGAGGCGAGUCUCAGGCGAGGAUUCAGGAGUGUUCGUGGCGCGGGACGCUCAUCUAGACAUUCAGACUCCAAAGGGCACCAUGCUCAUCUUCUGAGCAGUGGCAUCUUGAGCGGUGCCUUGGAGGACGCCUCACUGUCUCUCCUUACAAGCAAAUCUUCAAGCAACAACACGAUGAGUCAAAGUGGUGCCUCGAGUUCACCAGAGAAUGUCACGAUACAUUUCUCCUCUACUCAUCAAGGGAAAGCUGCUGGAAAUCCAUGGAUGCAAUGUGUGUCGUGGGGUGUGUGUGUGAGGUUAACUCAGGCUGCGAUUGCCUCUCCCGCCGCCUGGGUCACGGAGAACCUGGCCAUCUCUGUCCUGGAGUUGGAGAUCGGCCAGUUUAUGACGGAAGAGCUUCAGGUCGCCCUUCGCCGCGCCAUUCUCUUAGGACGACGGGAGGAGUACUGCGAGCCUCUUAAGAUGGGGUGUUCCUGGGAAAACUUUACUGUCAGUGGAGUAUUAAACACGUAGCUCUGUUUUUCUCAUAAAGUAGAAGUGUACGCUGGUAUACUCUGUUUAUCAAAAUAGCAAAAUCAUACUAUGUUUAUCCAACAAAUACAUUUUUACCUGAAAGCAUUUUUCUUAUUAUGAGAGUGAAGAGAGUGGCUGUUUAAUAGGACCAAUAAAUUAAUAUGAACUUUUA